AUGGCAUUACGGCAGUAUCAGGCUAAGCCCAAUGGGGCGAAAGUGCCUCGUCCUCCUGCGGCGCGCCGCAACGCGACCUCCGAGAAAUCUGAAAAGCUUCCCCAUCUUCAGCUACUUGCGAAUCUCUCCACCAUGGAGAGCUUCGAUAACAUCUACCUGGACCUUUCAAAACAGCCAGGAAAGUGCAAGCUUGCUGAGAGUGGUCUUGGCUGGCGCCCCUCCGGUGGCGGCGAUACCUUUACUCUGGAUAGUAGCAACAUCGGUCACGCUCAAUGGAGUCGCGCUGCCAAAGGAUAUGAAUUGAAGAUUUUGUCGAGGAGCUCAGGAGUGAUCCAACUGGAUGGAUUUGAUCAAGAGGACUUUGAGCGACUCAGCAAAGCCUUCAAAAUCUGGUACGGUAUCAACGUCGAGAGUCGCGAGCAUGCAAUUCGUGGAUGGAACUGGGGUAAAGCCGAGUUCACCAAAGCCGAGUUAUCUUUCAAUGUCCAGAACCGACCCGCUUUCGAAGUGCCCUAUUCCGAGAUCUCCAAUACCAACCUUGCCGGCAAGAACGAAGUAGCGGUGGAAUUCGCGCUUUCAGCAGACCAGGCUAACGGUGCUGACGGCCAACCUGCGGGGAGUACCAAGAACCGCGGGCGCAAGGCCGCUGCUGGCCCCGACGAGUUAGUCGAGAUGCGAUUCUACAUUCCUGGAACCGCCACCAAGAAGGAGAAAGCUGAAGGGGACGAGGAGGAGAACGAGGAAGAGGCGGAGGAGCAAAAUGCGGCCAACCUGUUCUACGAAACGCUUAUGGACAAAGCUGAGAUUGGAGAUGUGGCGGGUGACACGUUUGCGACUUUCUUGGAUGUUCUGCACCUUACUCCACGUGGUCGUUUCGACAUCGACAUGUACGAGUCCUCAUUCCGUCUGCGGGGUAAGACGUACGACUACAAGAUUCAAUACUCGGCCAUUAAGAAAUUCUUCCUCCUUCCGAAGAAUGAUGAUACACACACGCUCAUCGUUCUCGGUCUCGACCCCCCUCUUCGUCAGGGUCAGACCCGAUAUCCGUUCCUGGUGAUGCAGCUGAAGUUGGAUGAAGAAAUCAGCUUGGAACUGAACAUGACCGAGGACUUGUUGAAAUCAAAAUACGGCGAUAAGCUGCAGGCUCACUACGAAGAACCCAUCCACCAAGUUGUCACGAAGAUCUUCCGCGGGUUGGCUGGCAAGAAGGUCAUCAUGCCUUCAAAGGAUUUCACUAGUCACCACGGCCACCACGGAGUCAAGUGCUCGAUCAAGGCCAACGAAGGCUCACUGUACUUCUUGGAUAAGAGUCUCAUGUUUGUGCCCAAGCCCGCUACGUAUAUCCAGUUGGAAAAUGUGGCGGUGGUGACCAUGUCGCGCGUUGGUGGUGCGGUCUCCGCCAGCCGAACGUUCGAUAUCGCAGUGACUCUGAAGGGUGGGCUGGGCGAACACCAGUUCAGCAACAUCAACCGCGAGGAGCAACAACCUCUCGAAGAGUUCUUCAAGGCCAAGGGCAUUCGAAUCAAGAAUGAGAUGCUGGAAGAGUCAUCCACCCUCCUGAAGGCUGCACUGAACAAUGAAGACAUGGGCGAGUCGAGCGACGAGGACGGUGGCCGGGCCGAUCGGGGCUCGGCCGAUGAGGAUGAGGAGUCCGUGGAUGAAGAUUUCAAUGCCUCUUCGGAAUCUGACGUGGCCGAGGAGUACGACUCGGCUCACGAGAGCAGUGGCGAUAGUGACGAGGAAAUGGCCGAUGCGGGCGAUGAUGAUGAGGGUGGUGCCGGGUCCGACGGCGACGACGCUCGCCCCAAGAAGAAGAGCAAGACUGGGAAUUAG